CUCACUGUGUUCUGUGCUGCUCAGAAAAAGUUGUUCUCAAAAGUGUAAAAGCGUUUUGUGUGGUGCUUUUUGGUGCGUGCAGAUUUUUUCUAUUAUAGCAAAGGCAAAAACAACAAGAGUGUAUCUCUAGCUACAUAACGCGAGGCAGCUGCAUAUAUUUAAAAAUAUUUUAAAGUGCUAAAAAUAAAGCGAAAUAUUAAAAGUAUCCAUUGGAAAAGUGCUAAAAGAAAGUUCUGUUAGCCAGAAGACAUCUAGCGCUUAUACAGGCAAGUUUUCCAAGAAAUAAGAAAUAACAAAACUGUUAGUGUGAUUUGAUGAUAGUGUGAAAUCUUCUUUGGAAAAAAAACAGAAUUUUUUAAAUUUACGCGUUUGUGUAUGGUUUUCAAGCGCUUAUUUGAAAAAAAUAUUACGGCGUCAAGUAAAAGUGUACAAAAGCGUUAAGAAAAAAUUGUUUGCAAUGCAAUAAAGUGGCGUUAGCUGUUGACUACCUACCUGUAAUCCACUUCACCACAAUUGGCUGAGUUUUCUAUUAAGCAUACGUCCGGCAGUAACCACUAUCACCACCACCAUCUACUACCAACAACAGCAACGAGAACAGCAUAACACAACACCUUAGCGUCUGAAAUUGCAAUAGCAAGUGUCAGUUGCUGGUGGCAAGUAAUAAAAAAACAUCAACACUGGGAAUUGUUUUACAGCGAACAGCAUUAAUCAAAUGCGUUGUUAUAUCUAAAGCUAGGCAACACUGCAGUAGCGAGAGAGAGAUUUGACUGCUGAAAGGGGAAGAACACCAACAACAACUGCAAUCGCGGGCAAUGCUACCAGCUGUUAAAAAAUUUGACAAUUAAUUGAAAGUAAAAGAAGCAGGAAAGUCUGAAGAAAAACAAAGGUAUUAUCAAACAAAAUAUCAAUCAACCGCCCACUGUAAUUAAAUUGACAUAGAAGGCUGACAGAGUUGAACUGAGAAAAAUAUAAUAAAACCCAAAACUACAAUUGAACUCAAUUCGCUUUAUUUUGAAGCCAAAUCCAAGCGACAAAGUCCAGCAGCUGGUACGAAAACGUCACAGCAUAUCAAACUCUACGCCAAAAGACAGUAGGAGGUAAAAACAAAAUCGUUCAAAACACAAACACACACAUACACACACAAAAUGCAGUGCGGCCUAGAACAAAUGAACGAUUGCGAACGUUCGCCGAACCGGACCAAUCUGCGCGUCAAUUUCAAUGAGAAGGGUGCUGAGGUGAAGGAGCGACGCGAAAAGUUCCUCACCGCCAAGUAUGGAUCACAUCAGAUGAGCCUGAUACGUAAGCGUUUGGCGGUUGAGAUGUGGUUGUACGAUGAACUGCAGAAACUCUUUGAUCCACCGAGUGAGGCUAUCGAUGUGGAUAUUGAUGAAAUUCUAGAUAUGGACACUGACGACAUAAGGAGAUCUCAUUUGAUUCGGCUACUGUCAGUCUGCAAGCGCCCGCAAUCCGACAUAUCCAAAUUCAUUAGUGAUUUACUUGAUCGUGCAAAAACGCUGUAAAUUAGCUGCGCUAGCGCAUUUGUUACUUUAUUUUUAUGUUUAAUACAAAUAAAAACAAAAAACAAAUAUAAAUAUUUUCUAAGUUUAGUUAAAGAGCUAACUUUUUGAAUGUAAGUUGAGUUUUGUUAAUAAUUAAAUUUUUGAAAAAUCUUCAUAAAUGUUCGAUAAAUCGAUUUUAAUUUAAUUUAAUUUAUUACUAAAAUAUAUCAUAUGAAAAAAAUUGCAUAAUAUUUUAUACCACGACGCAUAUAAUACACACAUACAAACAUUAGCUUGUAAUCAGUUAUUUAGAAAAAACACACAGAAAGAUAUAAAUAAAAUGUGUAGUAUAACCAAAAAAUAUUCACUCAAAUGCAAAUAUCUGUAGCUAAGUAAAAUACAAAAACUCAAAGCAGAAUUAUAAUCGCAGUAAAGUUAAGUUAAUGUAAAAGAUGACUAAACGCAUGACAAAAAACGACAAAAAGUUAAGUAAACCAAAAAAGAUGUAUAAAAAUAAAAUAUAAACGAAAGAAAAAAGAUAAAUUAAUUUUAAUAGCACCCAAAAACUCAAGUCUUCAGGAGUUUGUAUGUUUGUAUUUGCAAAUACGAUUAAAAGGUUGAAAAUGAAUUGCAAACACUGAGAAAAAAACAAAAGCUCACUAUCAUCAAAUCAUCUCGCAAGAUUCAUAUAAAAAGUAUGCUAGUAAAUUGUAAAGGUUUUGAAACUAUGUAUUUUUGUGCGCAAAUUUUAAAAUACAAGGAAGAAGGCAAGCACUCAGUUAUAACUUUGAAUUAUUGAAAGAAAUACCAGUAUUUAUUUUUCCGCUAUUUUUCAAUUCAUAAAAGCCGAAGCAUUUCCAGGCCAGCUUUACAAUAAACAAAACAAAAAACAAUUAUACAAAAUCUUUUUGAACCUCAAUAAAAACUGCCCUUUAUAAACCACCAAUUUUUCAAUAGUAGAUUAUACUCCAACUCUUAAAUACUUAUAGUUUUCAAAACCAAAUUUAGAAACGGGCUAUCCAGUUGUAUUUCACAUACAUAUAUUCAUGCCACAUUGGCAAACAGAAUUAGUUCUGGUAGUUUUUGAAGAUCAAAUAUAUAAGAUAUAUAUUAUUUGAAGUUAGAUUUCAAAGGAUCUGCAAUUGAGUCUUGGUAAUUUGAAGCAAUCUAAUGUAGUGUUUAUCCAACUUAUACGAAUUCAUUGCACAGAAUUUUCAUAGGGAUAUUUUCCAAUCUACAUAUUUGUAUGUAAUUGCUUAGUAAGUUUAUGUAAUGUAUUAUAAUUUUUCCCAUUUAUUAGUUAUUGUGAAAAAUAUGGGUGGACGAAAAUUUGUAAAGUAGAGUUGAUCACCAAAAUAUAUAAGAAAGCUCAGGUUCACUGCCAAAUGAUGUAUGUAUAUAUAAAAGGAAUACAUAUAAAAAUGAGUUAUGUAGGUGUGUGAAAUAAAUAAAACGAAAAUAAUGUUUGAAUAAAUUGAAUGUCGAUAAAAGUUUUAGACUUGCAAUGUGUGCAGUUGUUUUUAUUUCUUUGCCUUUGAGAUAUAAAAAUAUUAAGUAUAAAAAAUUGCUUUGUGUUUGUAGUUAGUAAGUUGGAUGUGCAAAAAUGCUUUGUAAAUGUUAAAAACCGAUCAAAAUAAAUGCAAGCUUAACACAAUUAAUACAGACAAUGAAAGCAAAAUGUUUCGACGGUGUAAGAUUACAGCUGAUGGCUUGUGAACUGAUUUUUAUUUCAAGUUUAAUUAAUUUAAAAUGCGCUUAAAUUGAAUAUUUAAUUUAAUUGAAUAAAAGUUUUAAUUUUUAUGUAUCUAUUUUUGAAGAAUAAGUAGAUUCACACAAAACUGCAACCCACUCACUUUUUAGAUCAUCAAUCUUUGCUUUUAGCAUCGACUAUUAUAUAAAGUAUGUACCUACUACUCUUUCAUUAAAAUAUUUCAAUUAGUUAACGUUCAAUCAAACGCAACGCGCUGAUUCAUAAAACAGUUCAUGCACUAUAUAUGAACCAACAAUGAGAACAUCAACACUUUGUUGUUGUUUUUUCCCCCAAUUUCUUAGCAGGCACGACAGAGUAGCAAAUUCUUGGAAGCGUUAAUAUAUGUACGUAAACUCAACUGAAGAUAUUUAUGCUUAAAACGAACACAUUAUUUCACCAACACUUUUUCAAUAGAUUAAAAACAAAUUUACUGAAAUUUAAUAUGGCAAAAGUUAAAUUCACUUGAACGAAUUUAUUUCCGCGCAAAACGACGCGUAAUGGCGGGCCGAACAAUGCAUUUCCGUGCGUUACGGCGAUUUGAAAUACGAAUAACACAGAGUGGUCAAAAAGCAUUAAAUUCUCAUAACAAAAGAAAAUAUAGGAAUUGUUUAUAAAUAUUUCCACUCCCCGAAAUUUCAAUGAAUAUUUAUCUAAAUUAAUAAAAUAAAUAUUAUUUCAUACACAACGUGUUGGCAGACCUUUUGUGUUUACUCCUGUCUAUUGGCUGAGUUACUGUGUUGCAUACUCGUACAGCAAAGUAUCCAGAUCAAUUGUCACAACACCGCAACUCAGCUUCGCUUGUUUUGAUUAAAUCACGUUGUGAUCUUACAUAUUUGCGAACUUACGCUAGGCCACAGUUCAUUUUUCAAAACUUUAAAAAUUUAAUUUUUUUCACAAAUAUCUAAAUUUUGCUAAUAAUAUUUUUAAAAUAUGUUACAGUUUAGUUACAUAUACAAUAAUAAUGAGGGAUUAAUAUAACAAUUAGUCGUACAGCCGCAUGUUGCAAUAUACUUAAUAUAUACUUACAUACAUACAUACAUUCAUAAACAUAAACAUGCAUAUAUGGAAAUAAUAAUUAAUUACAUACAUACAUAUAUUUGUAAGAAAGCUUAGACGUACACCAAAAAUGCAUAAGGAUACAUAUUUUUUGCGGGAUUUAAAGCUACAUUCAUAAUGAAUAUCAUAUUUGAACUUUGCUAUUGUACAGUUACGGUGAAUUGAUGUAAGUGUGCUCGUAGAUUAAUAAAUCAAAAUUAAAUUGGGUAUAAAGGAGUUCACUAACUCUAGUUGCAGAUUUACUACCUGUAAAAGUGGAUGCAAAUAAGCAUUUUUAGUCAUUGCAAGGCAUACAUACGAAGGCAAUGUUAAUGUAUUUGUAUAUAAAGCGAAAAUAUGCCCUACAAAAUUUGAAGUAAGACUUAUGGCGUUUUUCAAAGCUUUAAUGUAAUUGAAUUACCCGCUUAAUAUCAUCUCCAACGCAUUACCUUUAUUCAAUUCAGUUACGCUAUGCUAAUUUGGCCACAAAUGCAUGCAUGGAUGCCGGUUAAAUUAAAACGCAUUAAGAAAGGGUUACAGUCGCAACGAAAUAACAUUGCCGUUUUUCCGUUUGCCGUUUAUAUUCUUGCUCAUAAAAAAGCUAUCUCAACAACAAACACCACUUAAAAAACUAUAAAUACUAUCCUACAGGUAAAACAAAAUACCAACUAGCACUUGAAACAAUUUUCAGCAGGCCACUUUACUUCUCGAACUACAAACUUGACUUAACUUAACUUAUAGGUAUUGUAAACCAUCAUGAUUCAUAGAAACUUUAAUGCAAAAUAAGCCAAAUAAAAUAAGACAAAUAUGGAAGAAAAACAAAAAAUAGUUGAAGAUCAAAGUAAUGGCUCAUAAGUUUACCAGAGGUACUUAUAACGUGGAGAUACUCAUAUAGUAGUUAUAAAUUGAAAAAAGAUAUUUUCUCUUUCACAUCUCAAAAUACGUACUUUGCUGUAACUAAUAAGCACAGAUUCAAAACUCACCAGCCCAUCAAAGUAUUCACAAAUAAAAACAUAUAAAUAAAAUGCAUAUUUACAGGCAAAGCAAAAAACUGCACGCAUAAUUUUUAAUUAAACCACAAAAUCUAUAAAACCAAAACUCACUUAUCCUCUAACACUCUUAAGUACAUACAUACAUAGUACGAUAGGUUUAUAAUGAAAUAAACAUACGUAUAAUCAUAGAGCAGAGCAAAUGAAAAACGAAUAUAAAAUAAGGUACGUCGUAAGGAUGAAACUUUGUAAUUGCUAGGUAAUUUGAGAAAUUAAACAUUAAAUGCUUUGACAAA